AUGUCUAUGCUUCUGGAUCAAGCCCUCGUCGAGGAUGUCGCUCGAUACUGCCCCGAGCAGUUUCUCAACUACCACAAAUGUCUGGGAGCCGGCGACGUGACCAAGUGUUUCGAGGAGCAGGAAAAGCUGUCGACCUGCGUCAAGACCAGCGUGCCCACCUUUAUCAAGAUUCUCAAGGACUGCGACUCCCAUCUCAAGGCGUACGAAAACUGUCUGCGAGCCAACCAGAACUCGCGAUCCGAGUGUUUCGACAAGCUGCAAGCGAUGCGAAAGUGUUCGGCCAACGCCAUUGAUAUCGCCAAGUCCGAGGAGAAGGCCAAGGACACCAAGAAGUGA